AUGGCGACGAACGGUAAUCUUAAUCACGACCAGCAUGUCGCCGCUCCGGCGCAGACAACAGAGGUCUCGGCAAGCGCCGAGGCCACCAACAGCCCGCUGCCCAAGGACGAGGUCGGCUGGUAUUUCGUUGAGCAAUACUACACCACCAUGAGCAGGUCACCCGAUAGGCUGCAUUUGUACUACGGCAAGAAGGCGCAGUUCGUUUGCGGUCGCGAGGCGGAGGUUGUGAACGUUUCCUUUGGCCGUCAGUCCAUCCAAGAGCGCAUUAAGGGCAUGAACUUCCAGGACUGCAAGGUUCGCAUCUCCAAUGUCGACACCCAGGGCUCCGAGGAGAACAUUCUCAUCACCGUCAUCGGCGAGAUGGCCAACCAGGAUGGCGAACCCAAGAAGUUUGUUCAGACUUUUGUCCUCGCCCAACAACCCUCCGGCUACUUCGUUCUUAACGACAUGCUGCGUUUCCUUAACGAGGACGUCGAGGAGGACGUCGAGGCCGGCACCGCCGAGGAGUCUUCGGCCCCCGUCGAGAUGCCUGCCGCUCCCGAGCCCGAGUCCAAGGCCGAGGUUGUUGCUGCCGAGAAGGCCGCCGAGGAGGCUGCUGAGAAGGCUGCCGGUGAGCCGGAGGCUGCUCUGGACACCCAGGCUGUGGAUGAGAAGCUGGAGGCUACCGAGGAGACCCCCGCCGUCCAGGAACCCGCCGCUGCUAAGCCCGCCGUCGAGGUUCACGAGGCGGCUCCUGAAGAGCCCAAGGCCACGACCGAUGCUGAGAAGGCUGCCGAGGAGAUCGCCGAGGAGGAGGCUAAGAAGCCGGAGGAGCCCAAGGACCCCGCGCCCACACCCGCCGCGGCCCCCGUCCCAGUCCGUGCGGCCGCCGCCGCUCCCGCGCCUGCGCAGCCCGAGAAGCCCAAGGGCCCCCCUAAGCCCAUGUCGUGGGCGAGCCGUGUCGCUGCCGCUGCCACUGUCGGCGCGCCCAAGCCCGCUGUCCCCGCUGUCAAGGCCGCUACACCCCCUGCCCCGGCUCAGACGCGUGCUCCGGUCCCCGCUGCUCCUCAGCAGGCCGCACCGGCUGCUCAGCCUCAGGAGAGCGCUACCGCGCCGGCCGCCCCUAAGGACCAGGGCAGUGAGUGGCAAACCGCUGAGACCAAGCGCCAGAGCCGCGCCCAGCCCCCCGCUGCUGUUCCGUCGGAGAAGGAGGGCACCAUGGCGUACAUCAAGUACGUCACCGACAAGGUCAAGGAGGAGGACUUGAAGACCACCCUAUCCGCUUUUGGCGACUUGGCCUACUUUGACGUCAACCGCCUGAAGAACUGUGCCUUUGUCGAGUUCAAGUCCCUCUCUGGCUACACUGCCGCCAUUGCCGCUAGCCCCCUCACUGUGAACGGCGAGAGCGUCGUGGUCGAGCAGCGUCGCCCCAAGGCCAACGCCUACGGUGGUGCUAACUACAACACCCCUCGUGGUGGUCCCGGCCGCGGUGGUCGCGGCGGGUACGAGCCCUCUCGCUCCGGAUCCCAAGGCGGUGGCCGUGGCGGUUUCACCGGCCAGUCCCGCGGUCGCGGUGGCGGUCCUCGCGGCCGUGGCGCCUCUCAGAUCGGUGCUGCCUAG